CAGAAAGCCCAGUUACUGCUUCUAUGCUGGUGUUUGCGUCUCCACCGGGACAGCUGUUGUCGGAGGUUCUGUUUCUUUAAGGCCGGAUGGUUUACAGCUCACACACGGCUGACGAUCGGCGCCUGCUCAGUGCGUCUUCUCCGCUGCCGCUGCUUGGAUCGCGGACCUGGAGGGUUUCUGUCCCGUCCGUGUGCUCCUGUGUGCGCGUAUGUGUGUGCUGUGUCUGAUGGUAACCCAUGGAUUGACGGAGGGGGAGGCUAUUGUUACCAGCCCGGUGGCUUGUUCUGCUGCAGCUGCAAUUUCAGCAGAGAAUGCCCAAAGCAAACGGAGCGGUAACUGCACGGAUAGCGCAGGAAUACACCAGAGGAUCAAGAUAUUGACAUGAAGAAAGACAUCGAGAGUCUAAUCGCAGAAGAACGAGCUGAUAUCAUCUUGAAGUAUGCUACGGGCAGGCAGGGCGGGGUGGAGAUCUACCCCUGGGAGGAUGCUGAUUACAGCAUCUACAAAGUCAUCGACCGUUUCGGCUUCAUGCAUGAAGAUGAGCUGCCGGCACCAACUGCACAUGAAGAGAAGCUGAAGCAGCAGGAGAUUGAGAGAGCAGAGAAAUGGCUGAAGAUGGUGAAGAAGUGGGAUAAAUACAAGAACAGUGACAGGAUGGUAAAACGAGUAUACAAAGGCAUCCCCCUGCAGCUCAGAGGCCGGGCCUGGGCACUGAUGCUGGACGUGGACGGGGCCAAGAAGGAGAACGAGGGCAAAUAUGAGAAAAUGAAGGAGCAGGCCAGGCUGUGCUCAUCUGAGAUCAAACAGAUUGACUUGGACAUCAACAGGACAUUUCGAAACCAUAUCAUGUUCAUGGAUCGCUUUGGAUUACCACAACAGCGGAAAGCCCAUUAUUGGGGUCUUUUUGCACGUUUCCUGCAGGAGGUGAGCUACUGCCAGGGCAUGAGUCAGAUUGCCGCCCUGCUGCUCAUGUACAUGAAUGAGGAAGAUGCUUUCUGGGCCCUGUCACAGCUGCUCACCAACCAGAAACACGCCAUGCAUGGCUUUUUUGUUCCAGGCUUUCCAAAACUUCAGAGAUUCCAGGCACAUCAUGAUCAGAUUAUUUCCAAGCUCGUUCCCAAACUGAAGAAACAUCUGGACAAAGAGCAGAUGUCUGCAGGCAUUUACAGCACCAAAUGGUUCCUGCAGUGUUUCAUUGACAGGACACCGUUCACCCUAACGCUCCGCCUGUGGGACAUUUUCAUCCUGGAGGGAGAGCGGCUCCUCACCGCCAUGUCUUACACUAUCCUCAAGAUACACAAGAAGCGCCUCUUGAAGAUGUCUCUGGAGGAGCUGAGAGAGUUCCUGCAGGAGCGCAUCGCUCAGACUUUUUUCUACAGUGACGACAUGAUCGUUGAGCAGCUUCAGGCCUCCAUGGCUGAGCUGCGAAAGAUGAAGCUGGAUCUCCCACCUCCAGGGAAGCCUGAGGAGCUGCCCCGUAAGCCGCUGGGCCAAGAGCUACCCGUGCUGCUGAGUCCAGUGCGGCCCUCUGAAGGGAAGCCAACGUCAGCUAGCGGGUUCCCCAAAGCCGGCCUGUGCCUCCGCAUCAUCUCCCACCAGCCAGACUCCAUAUCCCCAGACCAGAGUCCCUCCAAGGACCUUGUGAAUCUUGAAGGUGUGGACAAAGAGGAGACUCCGUUGCCUUCCCCAGAUCCCGUCAUCAUCCACAGCCAAGCCCCACUCACCCCUGACAGCUCCCCACUAGCAGGGCCUCCGCCUUACCAACCCCCAUGGAGUCAAACUGUGGUUGCAGCAGAUCAGCCGUCACCACGGUCCGACCCGGAGAGGGUUGGAAUAGAAGCUGACACAGAUGUCCCGGUAGGACCUCCCUCACCUUCAGAAAUAACCAGCGCCCCGCACUCGGCCUCUACUAACGACCUCACUGCAGACGCGCAUUCGGCCGUCACCGGUCAGUUCUGCUGCAAAGUCCCGCGGACUCUUUCAGCGCCCGUGUCUCAGGUAGCCUCGCCGGCUUUGGGCAUGGCCCAGUCUGAGAGUCUGCCUGCAGCAGAGAGGCUUCAGCUGCCGGAGCAGGCCUCAGCUCUGAGCAGGGACGUGAACCUGGACUCGAGUGCAGAAUCAGAGGACACAUCGGCUGCCGAUGUUUCAUGAGAAGAGCAGAAAAGUGUAGAUCGCUAAUUUAUUUAUGACGCUUUUACAUGUAAAAAGGUUAAGUCUGUGAUUAAUGUUCUGGUGUGAUUUAUUAGUCAGAUUUACAGUGUUAAGCAACAGUUGCUUCAAAAUGUGCUUUCAGUUUCGGGACCAGUAUUUAUAAAAGUUUUGUAUUUGCCAAUUUUCAAACUGACUUUCUAAAGACUUUUGGCUACAAGAAGCUGUUUCCUCCUUCGGACUUUUCAGCCCUUUUUCAUGUUAGGUAACAUUUUAACUGGUAGAUUUUUGCCCUUUAUGUGGCUGAAAGUUCCAGAUGUAGGUUACAAAGACAAUAUGUCGACAUAGUGAAAGGCAGAUGGGUUUGUUUGGUCCUGAAGCAGUGAGCAGGACGAUGUAUGUGCUGUUCUGUUAGAUCCAGUUGUGGGAGAAGGACAUGCUAGCUAGCUGUCAUUCUGGCUUUUAAAUGUCUUAAUUAGAAGAUGUCUGUCUUAAUACAACCCUCACAUGCUUUGCUAAAUAAGCAAAUGGCCCAAGCCAUUUAUAAGCCUUAAAUGGCUUGGGCCUGUAACUGAUAAGAAAUAUAUCAGCAUAUUCUGAGAGGAUCAGCUGAGAACUUUUGUCAGAUUUAAUUGAUUUUCAGUUCAGUUCUUUUCUCCAGUUGAGCAGAAGCUUCAGUAGUUUGGGUUUUUUUUUUUUGUGGGCACCAAUCUUUCCACUUUAACCGAACAUUAAAAAACACCUGAGUACCUGCUAAAAUCGCUGAUCUGUGGAAAACACGUCACUUCAUCGUUCAACUUUGGGCACAAAGCAUUUUUGCUCAGAAUGGACUGAUUCUUAUAGAGCGCUUUUCUAUUCUCAAAGCGCUCUAUGCAACAUGCCUCAUUCACCCAAUCACACCUAUUCUCACAAGC